AAAAGCUUUAUGUGUCGUACGAAGGAGUCAGUUUUCAUUUAAUCCUUGCAAUCGGUAGUUUGACCAAUCUUCUCCUCUUUGGAUCUAAAAUAAUUGUGUUCAAUUCAAAACGCUGAAAAUAUCUUGAGCCAAUCGUCGACUCUCGAAGAACCUGCAAACAUCAUAAAUACAUGCAAUAUGAUUUGGAGCAGUGUUUUCGUCAAUCACCUGUCAAUUGCUUUAGUCAUCGCUUUAAAUUCGCUUAUGAUCGCAAAUGCGCAACCUGAACUUAAAUUAGUAAAUGUGGUAUUCAGACACGGUGAUCGAACACCUGAUAAUAAUGGUCGUGAAAUGUUUCCAAAGGAUCCAUAUAUAAUACUCUUUUAUCCAACAGGUCUUGGACAAGUGACUUUAGAGGGCAAGAGACGCGAGUAUACAUUGGGAAAAAUCUUGCGCAUUAGAUAUAAUAAUUUCCUAGGCAGUUUAUACAGAUCAAAACUCGUCGUAGCUCGUAGCUCGGAUUUCGAGAGAACAAAAGUGUCUUUGCAACUUGUUCUUGCUGGCUUGUUCCCACCAACAAAUAUUCAACGAUGGAAUUCUCGUUUAAGUUGGCAACCAAUUCCAACAUCGUAUAUGCCACGUGUUGAUGACAAUCUUAUCCUGACCGACGAGUGUCCGCAAUAUCUCAACGAAUACGAUCGAGUACUAAAUUUACCUGAAGUGCAAGCAAAGAUAUACCAAUUUAGAGGUUUAAUGAGCAACUUGACAAAGCUAACUGGCAAAAAAAUGGAGACGCUCUCCGAUUUGAAUUUUCUUUAUCAUACUUUUGCAGCGGAGUCUGCCUUAGGGUUGCCGCUUCUCGAAUGGGUAUAUGACUAUUUCCCUUAUGGUCCUCUAUUUGACGCAAUCGUGGCCAAUUACGAUAUUGCUAGUUUCACUCCUUUAUUAAGAAAAUUAUUUGCUGGCCCGCUCAUCCGUGAUAUGACAGACAAUAUGAUAGCCACGCAAAAUGCCAAUUCGCCGAAUACGAAAAUAUAUUUAUACGGUGGUCACGAGACUAAUAUUGCCAGUUUGUUGCAAGCUUUAGGUGUGUACGAGCCACAUGUACCUGAGUAUUCCAGUGCAAUUAUUAUGGAAUUGCAGAAGAUCGAUCAAGAGUAUUAUGUCAAGCUGUUUAGACAUGGCGACCGGACACCACCCAAACUCGUCAUGGCUCAUAGUUCGGAUAGUGAUAGAACAAAGAUGUCCCUGCAACUAGUUCUAGCUGGCUUGUUUCCGCCUAAGGAUACUCAACGAUGGAACACUGAUUUAAACUGGCAACCGAUUCCGAUUACAUAUAUACCACGUGUCACCGACAACUUUUUCACGUUUCACGAAUGUCCACAAUACCUUGACGAGUACGAUUGUAUACUGAAUUUAUCCGAAAUGAAAAAGAUAACGUCUCAAUUUAAGAACAUAAUGAGCAAGUUGACAGAGCUAACCGGUAAAAAUAUUGAAACAUUUUUGGAUUUGUUUUAUUUAUAUCAUACUUUCCUAUCGGAGUCAUCUCUGAAUUUAACUCUUCCUCAAUGGACUCACGAUUACUUUCCUGACGGUCCACUAUUCGAUGGAUAUGUACAAUCAUAUUACAUUGCAAAUUUUACUCCUUUAAUAAGAAGAUUGUCUAGUGGUUCAAUAAUUCACGCAAUAUUGAACAAUAUAAUAGCCGCAAAAAAUUCGAACAAACCGCAUGCAAAAAUUUAUUUAUAUAGUGGACACGAUGUUAACAUUGCCAGUUUGUUGCUAGCUUUCAAUUUGUACGAGCCGCAUGUACCUAAAUAUGCUAGCGCAAUUAUUAUGGAAUUGCAAGAGGUCAAUCAAAAGUAUUAUGUCAAGCUGUUAUAUUAUAAAGGCAUUCCACCGACUAUCAAAGAACUUCAAAUCCCAGGAUGUGAUGGUCUCUGUCCUUUCGAAAAAUUUUUUGAUUUAGUUAAAGAUUUUAUUCCGUCUGAUGAUGAGACAAUUUGUGACAAAAGGCAGACACCUGAUUAUGCUCACAUAAAAUAUCCUGUCGAUUUGCAGAGAAUUGUAUUUUAUAUUAGUAACAUGAUGUUGUUCUAUAUUCUCAAUAAUUAUUUGUUACUUCUCGCAAUUAUAAGUCUAAAUACCAUGCUAAUCGUGAAUAUACAACCUGAGCUGAAAUUAGUUAAUGUGCUAUUUAGACAUGGCGAUCGGGCACCCAGUAUAAGACACGAAAUGUUUCCGAACGAUCCAUAUUUAAAUUAUUCAUUUUUUCCAACAGGCCGCGGUGAAUUGACUAGCCAAGGGAAGAAACGCAUGUAUGAAUUAGGACAAGUCUUGCGCAACAGAUAUAAAGACUUCCUGGGCGAUCUGUAUCAACCCAAUCUCGUUAUGGCUCAUAGUUCCGAUACUGAUAGAACAAAGAUGUCCCUGCAACUUGUUUUAGCUGCCUUAUUUCCACCUACGGAUACUCAUCAACAAUGGAACGGGGAUUUAUACUGGCAACCGAUUCCGAUUACAUAUAUACCACGUGUUACCGACAAUUUCUUCAUAGUUAGUGAAUGUCCACAAUACCUCGACGAGUACGAUCGUAUACUGAAUUUACCAGAAAUGAAAAAGAUAACGUCUCAAUUUAAGAACAUAAUGAGCAAGUUGACAGAGCUAACCGGUAAAAAUAUUGAAACAUAUAUGGAUUUGUUUUAUUUAUAUCAAACUUUUCUUUCGGAGUCGUCUCUGAAUCUGACUCUUCCGAAAUGGGCUCACGAUUACUUUCCUGACGGUCCACUAUUCGAUGGAAUUGUACAAUCAUAUUAUAUUGCAAAUUUUACUCCUUUAAUAAGAAAACUAUCCAAUGGUCCAAUAAUUCACGCGAUACUGAACAAUAUGAUAGCCGCAAAAAAUUCAAAAAAACCAGAUACAAAAAUUUAUUUAUACAGUGGACACGAUAUUAACAUUGCAAAUUUGUUGAUAGCUUUCAAUUUGUACGAACCGCAUGUACCCAAAUAUACCAGUGCAAUUAUUAUGGAAUUGCAAGAGAUCAAUCAAAAGUAUUAUGUCAAGCAAGGCAAGAAACGCGAAUAUGAAUUGGGACAAGUCUUGCACAAUAGAUAUAAGGACUUCCUGGGCAAUUUGUAUCUGCCGAAUCUCGUUAAAGCUCACAGUUCGGGUACUGAUAGAACGAAGAUGUCCCUACAACUUGUUCUAGCUGCCUUGUUUCCGCCUACGGACACUCAACGAUGGAAAACUAAUUUAAAUUGGCAACCGAUUCCAUUUACAUAUGUGCCACGUGUCGUCGACAAUUUUUUUUUGAGUCACGAGUGUCCACAAUUCCUCAACGAAUACGAUCGCAUACGAAACUUGCCAGAAAUAAAAAAGAAAUUGUCCCAAUUGAAAAACCCAAUGAAUAAGUUGACAGAGUUAACCGGUAAAAAUAUCGAGACCCCUUUCGAUUUAUAUUAUUUAUAUCAAACUUUCGAAGUGGAGUCGUUCAUGAAUCUGACCCUUCCUAAUUGGGCGUACGAUUACUUUCCUGACGGUCCUGUGUUCGAUGGACUUAUACUCUUAUAUAAUAUUCUCAGUUUUACACCUUUAAUGAGAAGACUCUGCACUGGCCCGAUGAUUCAUGCGAUAUUAGAUAAUAUGAUAACUGCAAAAAAUCCGAAUCCACCGAAUACAAAAAUUUAUUUAUAUAGUGGUCAUGAUGGUAAUAUUGUGGGUUUGUUGCAAAUUUUUGGUGUAUACGAGCCACAUUUUACGCGGUAUUCCAGCGCAUUUAUUACGGAAUUAUAUGAGUUCAAUCAAGAAUAUUAUGUCAAGUUGUUGUAUUAUAAAGGUAUUCCGCCUAUCAUCCAAGAACUUCAAAUCCCAGGAUAUGAUGUUCUCUGUCCUUUCGAAAAGUUUUUGGAUUUAAUUAAAGAUUUGAUUCCGUCUGACGACGAAACGAUUUGCGACAAAAGACAGACACCUGAAUUUGCUGAAAUAAAAUAUCCUGUCGAUUUGCAGAGAAUUGUGUAUAACUUAAUUAAAACCUCCGCAAUAGAAACACAUAGAUAAUAACGCAUACACUUUACUAAGGUGUUCAGGCAUUAGAUAAAAGUAUCGCGAAUAAAAUUAAUUAAAUUAGCUAUAUUAUGUUAUGAACACUACGUUCAGAUUGUUCUACAAAGCUGUUAUUUUUUCACGAUUAUUUAUGCAAGUGUCAUAUUAAAUAUUUGCAUAUACGUAUACAUAAACAAUUGACAAUUAUUAAAUUAUAUUUAAAUGUCACAGUAAAUAAGGAAAUUAGAAACUCUAAUUAAAUAAAUUCAUUUUUCUAAGUCAUUAAAAUUUUUUGUGUUUG